CCGCACUCACCCUCCCCGAAGUCACCAACAACACUUGUCAUAGAAUUCACAACCGACAAUGGCGACAAAACCUCGUUUGGCUUAUCUCUCUUCCACUUUUCUUCUUCUUCUUGUUGUAACUGUCUUUACUUCGGUGUCGGCACAAGCCCCAGAAUCCCCAUCACUCUACAACACCUUCCUUCAAUGCCUCACCAAAUACACAAAUAACCCCUCCAACAUAGUCUUCGCCAACACCAACCCCAAGUUCCCCACUAUCCUCCAAAACUACAUCCGAAACGCGCGUUUCAACACCUCCUCGACGCGAAAACCAUUACUCAUCGUCACUCCCCAGCAAGAAUCACACGUCCAGGGCACAGUAAUCUGCGCCAAAAGCGUUGAAAUUCAACUCAAAAUCAGAAGCGGAGGCCAUGAUUACGAGGGCAUCUCGUACAUCUCCGAGGAACCCUUCGUCAUCCUCGACAUGUUCAACUAUCGCAGAAUCACCGUGGACGUAAAAAACGAGGUUGCAGUGGUCGAAGCUGGAGCAACACUUGGAGAAGUUUAUUACAGAAUCUGGGAGAAGAGUAAAGUUCUUGGCUUUCCAGCAGGGGUGUGUCCCACUGUUGGCGUCGGUGGCCAUUUCAGCGGCGGAGGGUACGGCAACAUGUUGAGAAAAUAUGGCUUAUCCGUUGAUAACGUCAUCGACGCGCAAAUUGUUGAUGUGAAAGGAAAUCUUCUAAACAGAAAAACAAUGGGGGAAGAUCUGUUCUGGGCUAUUAGAGGAGGUGGUGGAGCGAGUUUUGGUGUCAUUUUGUCGUUUACUAUUAAACUCGUUCCGGUGCCGGAAACGGUUACCGUUUUCCGCGUUGAGAAGACUCUUGAAACGAAUGUCACUGCCACUGACCUUGUCGUGCAGUGGCAGCAGGUGGCGCCAAAUACUGAUGAUAGACUUUUCAUGAGGUUACUGUUGCAGCCUGUGAGUUCGAAGGUUGUGAAGGGAACAAGAACCGUUAGAGCCUCGGUUGUGGCUUUGUUCCUCGGAGGGGCUAAUGAGGUUGUGUCGAUUUUGGCGAAGGAGUUUCCUCUUCUUGGGUUAAAGAAGGAGAAUUGCACUGAGGUGAGUUGGAUUGACUCUGUUCUGUGGUGGAACGAUGACAAUAGUUUGAAGAAUGGUGACAAACCUGAAACCUUAUUGGAUCGGAAUUUAAACAAUGCAGGUUUUCUCAAAAGAAAAUCUGAUUACGUCCAGAAUGCUAUUUCCAGAGAUGGGUUGGAGUGGCUAUUUAAAAGGAUGAUUGAGUUGGGAAAAACGGGGCUUGUUUUCAAUCCUUAUGGAGGGAAAAUGGCUGAGAUUCCUUCUGAUGCGACGCCGUUUCCGCACCGUAAAGGGAACUUGUAUAAGAUCCAGUACUCUGUGAACUGGGAUGAUCCUUCACCCGGUGCUGCUCUGAAUUUCACGAACCAGGCUAAGAGGUUGUUCAGUUACAUGACCCCUUUUGUGUCCAAGAAUCCCAGAAGUGCGUUUUUGAAUUAUAGGGAUCUUGAUAUUGGGGUUAACAGCUUUGGUGAGAAUAGCUUUCAGGAAGGGUUGGUUUAUGGGACCAAAUACUUCAAUGAUAAUUUUCAGAGGCUUGUGAAGAUUAAGACCACGGUUGAUCCUGAAAACUUUUUCAGGAAUGAACAGAGUAUCCCUGUUCUUCAUGGCGAAGCAUAGGGAAUCAUACAGAUACAGUGAAGAAUAUUGCUUAGUUUUUUUUUUUUUUUCCUUGUUUGACAGUAAAGAAUAUUGCUUAGUGCUCCUGUUAGUUGUGGCAUUUUCUUUUGUUCCUAUAGUUCUAUAUGAAUAGUUGGCCCAUAGGCCGUGAUGUUUGUCAAUUGAUUUGAUUAUUAUUAUAUCAUUGAAUUUUAAAGUUGAGGUAUAUGGUAGGUUCUGCUUA